CAGACUGUCAUCAACGAGUUUUGUUUUCAUUCUGUGAAAAAUCUUAACAAAAAAAUUAAAAUUAGAGAAAUAAUAGUUUUUAUCCUGAAAAUGUGUGACAGUAGUAAUUCAUCGUCAAAUUCCCUUGAAAUUCCCCCAUUUAAAAAUAAGAAAAGGGUUAAUUUGAGGAAACGAAAGAUAUCAUCUGACUCCAGUUGUGGUGAAGAAGGAAGCAGCGAAGAACUAAACUCUAAGCUAGAGGAGAUGAAAGUACGGCAGAAGUUGCGGACUAGACAGCAUGGAAUCAGUCUGGUGGGAUUGGCGAUUGGGAAAAAGACGACAAUUGAAGAAGAUUUGACAGUGAAGGAUCCUUUUAAUAUAAAAACCGGUGGAAUGAUCAAUAUGCAAGCUCUCAAAGCGGGUAAAGUGAAGACAGUUGAUGAUGCCUAUGACACAGGCAUUGGCACACAGUUCUCCGCUGAAACCAACAAGAGGGACGAAGAUGAGGAGAUGAUGAAGUACAUUGAGGAGCAGCUGAAGAAGCGAAAAGGGCAGAAGCUCGAAAAACAAGAUGAUCCCCUUGAUAAUCCCGCAAAGUACCUCAGUCCCGAGGAGGCAGCUCUCAUGGCUCUUCCAGAUCAUCUCAGGCAUGGUUCAGCUCAGAGAUCCGAAGAGAUGCUCUCAAAUCAGAUGCUGAGUGGUAUUCCGGAGGUGGAUCUGGGGAUUGAGGCAAAGAUCCGGAAUAUUGAGGCAACGGAGGAGGCAAAACAGAAACUAUUGUUGGAGCAAAAGAACAAAAAGGAAGGUCCUUCACAAUUCGUUCCCACGAAUAUGGCUGUAAACUUUGUUCAGCACAAUCGAUUUAACAUUGAGGAUGAUUCGAGGAAGAGAAAGCACCGUGAUCAGGAAGGUGAAGGAUCAAGGGAGAAAGGAAACAACAAGAAAGCAACAGAUGACUAUCACUACGAUAAAUUCAAGAAGCAAUUCAGGAGAUACUAAAAAAAAAUAAUGAAAAUUGGAACGUUUAUCGUUGUUUUUUUGUGUGAGUAGCACAUUGUGGGAAAAAAUAUUUAUAGAUUUUCUUCUUUGCCUCAUUCGUAAACAAAAUCCUAUUGAAUUACAUGAAUGAAUUUAUAUUAAUCACAAAA